AUGAAGUCUAACGUCCUCAUCCUCUGCACCGGGAAUUCUUGCCGCAGCCAUAUGGCUGAAGGAAUCCUCAAUGCCGCCGCCGGCGACCUCAUCAACGUGCACAGCGCAGGGUCGAAACCCGCCGGCUUCGUUCACCCAAAGGCAAUCCAGGUGCUAAAAGAGAUCGGCAUCGACAUUUCCUCUCACACAUCGAAGCAUAUGGACACAUUUCUCGAUUCCCAGAUUGCGACUGUCAUCACUGUCUGCGGCAACGUCGACCAAGUCUGCCCGUUCUAUCCAGGACAAGUGAACCGCCAUCACUGGGACUUUGAUGACCCCGCGCACGCCCAAGGCAGCGAGGAGCAGGUGCUGGCGGAGUUUCGCCGUGUGCGGGACGAGAUUCGCAAGGUCUUCGAAGCGUAUGCAGCAGGUUUGCGGGAAGGCGCACUUGCUAGCACCUGA